UUUGUGUUUCAGUUAUCCUUGUCUCGAAAAUUUAACAAUUUUAUCGUCAUCGAGAAAACAAAAACUGUUUACUGUUUCAUCCCGAAAACCGGAUGCACAACAACCAAACUUGUUUUUUACAACCUCGAGCAUGAUGUCAAUAUAACUGAUUUUGAAAAAGACAACAGCUGGAUUCACAGGCAGACAUUCACAAAGUUGGGCAGCUACAGCAAAGAAGACAUACACAUCCGACUUAAGACCUACAACAAGUUUAUAGUCGUCCGUGACCCACUGGAAAGGCUAGUGUCAGCCUGGCUUGACAAGUUCGUCAACAGCCGAAGUCGCUGGAUGUACAUACACAAUUACCAGAGAAAAACAAAUACGACAUAUUUGCAGCUCAUAACGGCCAACGGGUCUGCAUCAUGGAAGAGACAUGACGACCUGCCUAAUGUAUCCUUCCGAGAUUUCAUCCGUGCCAUUAUUGACCAAAAGUAUAUAAAUGGACACUGGAAAACUUUUUAUGAACUGUGUGAUCCAUGCCAGAUCGAAUACGACUUCAUCGCCCAUACUGACACCUUGGCAGAAGACUUCCAUCUCUUUUUCCGCAAGAUUGGUGCUGUAGGAAAAGAAUGUAUUCUGCCAAGACAACACGAGUCACGUGCUGAAAGGAUCGUCGGCAACACUUUUAGGGAGGUCUCGGCGGGUGACUUGCGCCGUAUCAGAGAGAUCUACAAAGCUGAUUUCGAUAUGUUUGGAUACUCGUUUGAUGAAAACCUUUCGCUCAUAAAAAAAUACAAGGACAUGCCUUAAUACCAAAUGUCUCAGUUAAAUGACAAUAAAAAGUGCAUUUGCAUGAUCAUUGCAUAUACGAAUAACGUCAAGUAUAGACUUCUAACUAAUGGUACUUGCGCAGUUCACAUGCGUUGACAGUUAAUCAAAUAC